ACUGCGUCACACGGCUAAGCAGCGGAGGAGAGAAAGCUUGAGCAGCCCGUCUCCGACUACUCCCUCUCUGUGUGUGUGUGUGUGUGCUGCUUCGCACUCACCAGCUGACGCAUCCGGACCACCAUGGUGAAGAUAGCGUUCAACGCGGCUCUGGCGCAGAAGGCGCAGGGCAAAGAGGUGCCGGCUGCGGCCGUGAAGGAUCCUGAGCUGGCUUCUGCUCCUGCAGGCACCGAGGGCUCCACAGGUCGCUGCCUGCUCACCCUGCUCGGCAUUGCCUUCAUCCUCAGUGGGCUCAUCGUGGGGGGAGCGUGUCUUUAUCGAUAUUUCACCCCAAAGAGGCUGUAUCAUGGUGCAAUGCAGUUCAGCGACAUGUCCACUGGAGCGGAGAGCCAGCCGUACUACCUGCCGCAGGUGGAGGAGGAGGUGGAGAUCUCUGACAGCAUGGCUGUCAUCAGUGUCCCUCCCCCCCGCUUCAGGCCUGGAGACCCUGCUUACAUCCUCCAUGACUUCCACAGAAAGCUGACUGCUUAUCUGGACCUGACUCUGAGGACCUGCUUUGUGAUUCCUCUGAACACCUCAGUGGUGCUCCCCCCUCAGGACCUCAUUGACCUCUUCUCACAGCUGAUGUCGGACUCAUACCGCAGCUUCCUGGUGCGCGAGGACCUUGUUGUGACCGAGCGCAUUAGUGAUUUGAAGCCCCUGGGUUCCUAUAUCCGCCGUCUGUGUGUAGGAAAGGACACCUACAGAAUGGAACGCCGUGCCAACCUGCCAGGCGGAAACAUCCAGAAGCGCUCUGCUGAUGACUGCUUCACCAUCCAUCACUUUGAGAACAAGUUUGUGACAGAGACCCGCAUCUGCAAGGCCUGAUGGGAAAGCACGAAUGUAGGUCUGAGAGAAUCCUCAUGGGGCGGACUGAUGGAGAUGGAGGAAGUCAGUGGACGAGGGUGAAUGAUGCGGGCAGCGACUUUAAGCACAAAGUUACUUUUGUACAAAAAUCUAAAUUUUGCCUCCCUUGCGUUUUAGCUCGUGUUUAGUGAACUUAAAUUUGAGUCUUGAAACCUUUUGCUUCUUUAUUCCCUCAGCCUAUAAAGGCAGUAGUUCUCUUGCACAAGUAUUUACAGACUAGUCUUGUAGUGUUGAACUAAAGCACACUAGGUUUCAUUUGUUACAUUGAAUGCUGUUUUGUUGCCAUAGCUUCCUGCAGACCGAUCUUAUUGAUGUUAUUGUAUUACAGCAGUCCACCACAUACAAACCAGAUCUGUUAAGUGAUUUUAUUAAAUAUUAUCGUCAGACUAAGAAGGCUUUUGUGUCAGCCUACCGUCACCUCUGUUAUAGAGCAGCUACUGUAUACUUUGUUGUUUAGUGUUAAAGUUGAAGUAAGCAUUAAAUCGUCUGCCGCCAUUGAGUUUUUAUGGAUGACAAGACAAACGGGAGCGGCGGCGUCUGUCACCACUUUUGUAGAUAUUUGGUAGAGCGCCCCGCUGCUCUUAGAAGCCUCCUUGUGAUUAAAACCACUUCAGCACCCUUCGGCGUGUGAUCAGUUUCUGUGUCCGAGCUAGAGACUAGUCGAGGAUGAGUUGGGGUGGGGGGUGGGGUGGGGGGAUUCAUGUGAAAUUGCACAAAUAUUGAUCUGAAAACAUGAUUGUCUGGUUUUGAUAAGCAUGUCUACAUCUCAUGGGUUAACCUUCACAUCAGAAGGUGCAAUAAAUAUUCUGUGAGGUUUGAGAAUAGUGUUGACUUUUGCACAAGGACAUUUUCCCUGUUUAGAUUUGUUAAAGUGAAACUGAUGUUCUUUAGACUCGUUUCUUAACGGAAAACAAGUUUUAAUAUUUACAAAAGUAGCUUUUAGACUAAAAUUCUUUUAGUUGUGUCUAUGAUGUGAACACGGGGAGACAAUCAGCAGGAAGUAUGUCAAGAGGGUUUCAAACGACUUUUUAAUCUAAAACAACUGGAUUAGAGAGAAGUGAUGUUGGGUGCAACUACUGAAUUAACAUUUGAUUUGUUGUGGAAUAAAGUUACUUUUGUUUACCUACUAAAA